CUGGUGCUUGCUGGCUGGAGCCUGGGACUCAGUUCGAGCCGGGGCGGGGGAAGGUUGGAGAGGAUGGUGCGGUGCGGGCGGCUGCGGUCCGGAGUGAAGCCCAAGCUGAAGCGCUGGCGGAAAGGGCAGAGCAGCGAGUCCAACCCGGAGACACACCGCUUCCGGGAGGCUGCGCGGAGCCGCUUCUUCAGCAAACCGGCAGGAAAGAGUGAUCUGACAGUAGAUGUACUGAAACUGCACAAUGAGCUCCAGUCCAACAGUUUAUCAUUUGGCCCAAGAGAGACUUCGGCAGAAGAGCCUCUUGCUGAGUGUGAAGAAGGUGCCCUCACAGAGAAAACCUCUGGCACCUUCCUCAGUGGACUGUCUGAUUGCAGCAACCUGACAUUUAGUCGAGUUCAGCGCUUAUGGGAAUCCAACUCAGCAGACCACAAAGAGAUUUGUGCCGUUUUGGCUGCUGUUACUGAAGUGAUUCGCUCUCAAGGUGGAAAUGAGACAGAGACAGAAUAUUUUGCAGCUUUGAUGACCACGAUGGAAGCGGUUGAAUCAGAGGAGUCAUUUGCGGCUGUUGCCUACCUGCUGAACCUGGUAAUGAAACGUGUUCCUGGUCCUGUCCUAAUAAAGAAGUUCUCAGACACAGCAAAAGUUUUUAUGAAUCUCUUGGCUGCUCAGACGGGCUCAGGAUCCACAGCAGCUCUGCGAUGGAUUCUCUCCUGCCUCUCCACACUGCUGCGCAAACAAGAUUUGGCUGUUUGGAGCUUCCCCUCGACACUCCAAGUUUACCAUGGCCUCCUCAGCUUCACUGUACAUGUUAAACCAAAGGUUCGUAAGGAGGCACAUCGUGGAAUCUGCUCUGUACUAAAGGGAAGUGACUUCAUGUUUGGAGACUCAGCUCCGCCCCACCACCCAGCCGCGCAAUCAACCGCCAGAUUCUGCAUAAAGGAGAUUGAGGAGUCUGGAGGCAGUGAUGAAGGUACUACGACUCUGCACGUGUUGGGUUUGCUGAAGGACGUCCUCCCUUGUUUCCCUGUCAGCUGUGUAAAGUCGUGCUGUGAGAUUCUGCUCAGGGUCAUGACUCUCAGUCAUGUGAUGGUGACGGCGUGUGCAAUGCAAGCAUUCCACGGACUCUUUGUCGCCAAACCAAACCCAGCAGCCCUGACAGCAGAACUCAACGCUCAGAUCAUAACUGCUCUGUAUGAUUAUCUGCCGAAUGUGAGUGACCUACAGCCUAGCAUGGCCUGGCUCACCACCAUGGAGAAAGCUCAUAUCAACCUGUGCAGGUUGCAGGAUUCGUUAUGUUUGGCUCAUCUCCCUCGUCUCUUCUCCACAGCCAUCAGUUGCCUCCUGUCACCCCACUCACAGCUGAUGGCAGCUGCAGCAGAUACCAUGAAGGUGUUGCUGAGGGAGUGUGUGGCUCCAUUCGCUACUGAUAUCGGAGUCUUUGUUUCAUCCUCCCCCUCGGGACAUGCCUCCCACAUCUGUAAGAUGUUCAGGGCAGUGGAGGAUGGGCUGGCCUAUCGGUUCUACUCUUCCUGGGCCUUUGUUCUACAGGUUCUUGGCACAUUCUUUGAGGUCAUUGGCGCACAAGCCUAUCCGGUGAUGAAGCAGUGUCUGCAGGCUCUGUCUGAUCUGCGAGAGACUCCACAUUUCCCCCAUACUGGUGAGCUGGAACGAGCAGUGGGAAUGGCAGUGGAGAGCAUGGGGCCUGAAGCUGUUCUACAGGCGAUCCCCCUGCAAAUCGAUGGCACUGAGGAGAGGUUCGACUUCCCCCGGAGCUGGCUCAUUCCUGUGAUCCGAGACCAUGUCAAACACACGCAGCUCACGUUCUUCAACAAAUACUUUCUUCCCUUGGCAGCAAAUCUCAAGAACAGAGCUCUCGAACUUGCUCAGUCUGGCCAUCCCCUUGAAGCUAAAAUUUAUGACACAUUACAGUGGCAGAUUUGGACAUUGCUGCCAGGAUUCUGCACUAAACCCACAGAUACAGUGGUGGCUUUUAAAGGUAUUGCAAGGACCCUGGGCACGGCCAUCAGUGACCGGCCAGACCUCCGACUCACCAUCUGUCAGGCUCUUCGCACUCUGGUCAGCAAAGGCUGUGAGAACGAGGCAGAUCGGGCUGAAGUGAGUCGAUUUGCCAAGAAUUUCCUGCCAAUCCUGUUUAAUGUUUAUAGCAUGGAACCAACCAGCGGAGAGAGUACAGCCUAUAGGCUGCCUGUACUCGACACAAUCAAAGUAUACCUGACCCUAGCUGACCAGCAGCUGGUGUGUGGAUUCCUAGAUAAGGCUAGUGAGAAGCUGAAGAAUUUAGAGAGUUCAGAGUUCACAAGGUUGUCUGUAAUGGAUCUAAUUGUGGCGAUGGCACCCAAGGUCACUGAGCCCAGUAUGAAUAACAUUUACCAGACCAUCAUCCCAUUCCUGCAGAGCAAAGAUCACCGUACCCAGAAGAAGGCCUAUCGGAUCCUUGAGGAGAUCUGUGGUGGGGAGAAGGAGCCGUGCAGACUGUUUGUUCACAAGCAUUUGGAGGAGUUGAAGCAAACACUACUGGAUUCCUUAAAGAGUGCAGCUUCUCCUGCAAAGAGGCCAAGGCUGAAGUGUCUGAUUCAUAUCGUCAAACAGCUGUCAGUGGAACACCAGGAGUUCAUUGUAGCACUGCUUCCUGAGGUUAUAAUCUGCAUGAAAGAAGUCUCGAUUGGAGCUCGUAGAAAUGGUUAUACCUUAUUGGUUGAAAUUGGACAGGCCUUUUUGAGGUUCUAUGAAGACACGAGGGAAGCUGUUAGCCAGUAUCUGGCAUUGAUUUAUGCUGGUUUAACCGGAUCCGUUACUAUGAUCAGCUGCACCGUUCUUGCACUCACUCGCCUGGUGUUCGAAUUCAAAGAUAAAAUGGACAUGGUGAGCAUUGAGCAGCUGCUUCAGAACAUCUGCCUCCUGCUUCAAUCCAAAACACGGGAUGUCGUUAAGUCAGCCCUGAGUUUUAUCAAAGUUGUUCUGUUUAUCAUGGAUACAAGGGUUCUCGCUCAGCACCUUCAGGCCUUGAUGGAGAGUAUUGGUAGUAUGCGAGAUGAUAUGAGGCGGCAUUUCCGUGUGAAAUUGAAGAAUAUCUUCACAAAAUUCAUUCGCAAGUUUGGAUUCGAGAUGAUUGACAGCAUGGUUCCAGAGGAGUAUCACAGGGUACUUGUCAACAUUCGCAAGGCAGAGGCACGGAAUAAGAGGCACCGGGCACUGAAACGAGGUGUGAGAGACUCAGAUAGUGAAGACGAAACUCCAAACUGGAAUGGGGACAGUAUUGAAGAGAUCCUGGCUGAGACUGAUUCUGAAGACGAGAGAUAUGAGAAAGGAGAGAAAGCAACAAAGAACCGGAUGACCCACAAGAACCGCGCGUGGCUGAAGGAAGGCGAGGAGGACGAUCCCCUCAAUUUCCUGGAUCAAAAAGUGGCACAGAGAGUGCUGGCCACUAAACCAGAGCUGAGGAAGAAAGCCAACAUCAAACAUGAUUUCCCAGUGACCUCAGAUGGCCGAUUGGUCAUCAGUCAAGAGGCGAAGGACAAACAAAUGAAUGGUUCCGAAGACGAAGCAAAUGAAAUUUUGGAGGAGAUUGGAGUGAAAACAAAACCUGUAAAGAAGCGAAAGUUUCAAAGUGCUGAUGAUGAUGUGAUGCAGACAGAUUCCUGCUAUAAAGCUGGAGGUUCUGGGAUUCACAGGUCGACACUUACAAAGAAAAAUAAAGAGCACGGUGCAGAAUAUAAAUCACUGAAAGGAAGAGGGGAUGUGAAACUCAGAGGAAAGCCGGAUCCUUUUGCCUAUGUCCCACUUAACAAAUCACAGCUGAAUCGAAGGAAAAAGGCGAAGAUUUGUGGCCAGUUCAAGGGUCUGGUUAAAGCUGCGCAGAGAGGGGCAGGAGCUGGCCGCAGAUUACAGAGGAAGAAAAGGACAGUAUGAUGAUUUAGUCAACUGGGAGAAGCUGCUGCUGUUUGAGAACUCAAGUGACUAACUCAUUACUAAUUUUGUGCAUCAGUGAUGUCUGGAUACAGAAUCUCAAAGCCCUAAUCUUAUUUUCCUGUUAAUGGAAUGAAAUUAAAUAUUUUCAGAACUCUCA